CACCUGGGCUAUGUCGUUGAUUGCCUGGUUUUUGCCGACAUCAAACAGGUUAAUCUCUUCUGAGUUUCAGCCUCGUAAAGCGUCAGAUCUGUGUGUAGACCCUGUGUGGUAGCACUCAGAUGCGUCUUGAAGAAUAUCAGGAAGUAGUUAGUUUCUCGAGACUUUAAUCAGAGUUGACUGCCGAGGAGGAGAAGUGUUGUUUAGCUUCUUUGAGGCCUAAACAGGUUUUUUUGUUUGGCUUGUGUCUGGGUGUUUUUGUUUUUUUUUAGUUAUAAAGUUUUCGGUUAUAUUUUUAACCGAUUUCACUUUCACUUGUGGAUUUUACUUGCGUCAAUUUUACAUUAUGGGACUCUAUUUUAAAAUAAUGUAUUCAUUAAUUAAAGGACGAUCGGGUGCGUGUGCGCUGCUGCUCUUGUUACUUGUCGUAACCACCGCUGCUCAGCUGGUUGGUGAGCAAUGCUUGGCCCAAUUCGAGGAAGGUCGGGAAAACUUUGUGCUCGAUGCCGACGGAUCAGUGAAAGACGGAGCGACGUUUAUUUCGUCGCCGAAACUGUAUCGACACAAGGACUGCGUGCAAGCCUGCUGCAAAGAGUCCAGGUGCAAUGUCGCCUUCAUGGAGGAGGGAGCGGAGGAAGGCACGAUCAGCUCCUGCUUUCUCUUUGAUUGCCUGUACAAACAGAAAUACGUUUGCCGCGUUGUUGGGAAGAAAGGAUACAACAGUUAUAUCCACAAGAACAUUUUUAGCAGGUAUCAUGUUAAUUACCCCGACCCAGAUAAUGAUGACCAUCGUCCAGUGGCUGAUGGAGGUCCGGGCCAGGUGAUCCAGCCUCAUGAAAGGCUUGUACUGAAUGGUAUGAAAAGCAGAGAUGACAAAGGGGUUGCGUCCUACAAGUGGAAAAUGCUCACUCAAUAUCCAUAUGCUGUCUAUGAGGACAGCCAAUAUAAAGACCAAAUGGUUGUUUCCAACCUGACAUCUGGGAAAUACAUGUUCCAGCUGACUGUUACGGAUACUAUCGGCCAGUCGGAUUCAACCGAUGUUAAGGUCCUCGUCCUCACUCCUGAGCAGUCUGAGCACCACUGUAUGGCUCCGAAGAAGGCUGGACCGUGUCGCGGCUCUUUCCCUCGGUGGCAUUACAACGGCGCCGAAGAAAAGUGUGAGGAGUUCACAUUCGGGGGCUGCAGGGAGAAUCUCAACAACUAUCUCACCGAGAGCGAGUGCGUUAAGGCCUGCCACGGUUCAGUAAAAGGAUCUGGUAGAGGUUUACCUAUUCAUGAAAAUCAAGUAGAAAAAUGCGGUGCUCCGUGUAAUGUGACACAAUUCAGCUGUGCUAAUGGUUGCUGUUUGGAUCCUGCACUUGAGUGUGACUCAACACCACAGUGUAGCGACGGCUCUGAUGAGCAGAACUGCGACGACUUGAAAGUCAACUUUGAGAUUCUGCGUCAGAUUCCAGUCAAUGAAAAAAAAGCACACUGCACAGAAACUCCCGACCGAGGAACCUGCAGGGACAGUAUGACUAAGUGGUACUACGAACCCAUCGAAGAGAAGUGUAUGCGCUUCCACUACAGUGGCUGCGGGGGAAAUGAUAACAAGUUUGAGAAUGAGGAGGCCUGUCAAGAGUAUUGCCGUGGUGUCACAGAAAAUGAUGUAUAUUUAAGAGAAAGACAAGAGAGCGAAGCCAGUGAGAGUGGCAGCGAAACAGCCAUUUUAGCGUUAGCUAUCGUGUUGGGUGUGGCUAUUGUCAUCGUUCUAGCCAUCCUGGCGUACCACUUCCUAAAGAGAAGGAAGUCCCAGCACCAUCGUCUGCCUGCCAGUAAUGCAACAUACACCACGAUCGAGCACAACAGAGACGCUCUGGUCUACAAUAGCACCACCAAGCCCAUCUGAUCGAUGAGAAAAGGAAAGGCUGGUGUUUGGUUAAGAUUGAGAGUUGGAGAUGUAUGUUUUUAAAGGUAAUGUACAGCCAAGGAUAUCUUGGACGUCAUCAGUGAUGAAAUGUGAGGUUUCAUUUGAUUUUUUUUGAGUUGUUGGAUAGCACUUUGUGCAGGCUGAUAGGAAAGUAUUUUUAAUUCUUUGAAAGUAGAUCCCCCCCCCCCAAUGUUCAUCACUGCAUUAAAUUAUCUUAUAGCUGUGUGUGGACAGCUACUUUUUUUUUUUUUUUUUUAAAUAAAGCUAGUACAAAAGUCUACAUUCUCAUCAGGCCCAAACUGGCCUCUUUCUACAAAGUAAUAUUCUUGAUUUUUAUUUUUUAUUUUUUUUACAACUGAAAUCUGGGAAAUUUGCGGUUAUGUAAUGUCAGUGAUGUUUUAACGCCACUGACAUUACAUAACCGCAACUGCAGUUGCUUUAAUGCUGGCUUCUUUACUCUGUCCAAUUUUCUUUGUAUUGUGUUUUCCAAACUAUUGUUACAUACUCCCAUGGAUUUCAUAUGAAUAGUUAAUGCUGUAAAUAUUCUUAGAAUUUCAGAAGGCAAUGCUUUACCCUAAAGUUUCUUGGUUGAUCAUUUUUCAAGAUUUGUUUUUAGAACAAGCAUCAUAUAUUAUCAAUUCCUUAUUCACACUUUAAAAAAUACACUUGCAGUUAAAUAUUCAGCAUAAAAUGUACAUAUUUGCUGGAUCGUGAUGUUCUUCCUUAAUAAAAAUAUUAACUCACUUUUAUUUGAGAAAUCUUUGUCUUGCAAAACACAUCGACUGUCUCGUUUGAACACGUUUUCAUUUAGUCAGCUCUUGCAACACUGUCUUGUGUAAUGUGUCCCACGCUUUGAUUUGGUUUUUUUGUUAGUGAAAUUGGUAUUUCAGACUUCUGACGCUGCUUGCCUGUCUGUGCAUGUGUAGCUGGGGUGAUAAAUAAAUUAGAUUUUUGAUUACUUUA